CUGCAGUCUCAGGAAGUUCCUCUGCAUUCCUGCUAUAAACACACACACAUACACACACACACACACACACACACAUACACACACACACACAGACAGAAUACUGGGAGGAACCACAUACUGAGGCUGGGAGUUUGGAGGAGGUAUGCUGUAGGACUGGAGACCAGAACCUCAUCAUCAACACUCUGAAAGAUUUGUUCAGCUUUUUGGACCACCAUGAGUGUGAGACUGUUGUGAGGAUGUACUAGGCAGAGCGGUACCUUAAGGCUCACCAUGAGUAAGGCAGGUGGUGAUGAGAUUGGCGGUGGCAGCAGCAGUGAAGGAGCCCAUCAGCCGGAGAGUCCCUCAGAGAAGGUCCUGAGCAAACUUAGUGCCACCACUUUGCCUAUUGGACACGGCUGGACCAAAGUUAGUUGCCCCUGCUGUGUGUCGGAGCGGGUCGAGCCAUUGGUUCUGGUGAAGCUUGGAGUGAAAGUUCGCCCUGAGACGAAAAGGUGGCUCAUGAGACUGAUUGGAGCUCCUCAGAAAGAUGGAGGUGCUGGAUUAUUGGCCCACCCGGGCAAGGAUGCCAGUGGUAACAUCAUUGUGGUCUCCGCUCCACGCUGUACGUUACUUAGAGCCACUGAAGAGUUGGGACUAUGUAAGACUUACCGCAACGAGGACAUGGCAGCCUUCUCCUACAACGACAGAGACAACUUUAAAGAUUCAGACAACAUGGAGAUGUUCCUGACCCUGGCGGAGCGGCAGUACAUAGUGAAGUAUGAGCUGGACGGUAUGCGGGCACAGAGAGACCUGAGAAUACCAGGUCUGGCUGACAGCUACACAAUGCAACAUAGAGACAACAUCUGGCAGAAGCUUGGGUCAGCUGGUGUUAUUGUGGACAUGUUUCCCCUCCACAUCCCAGGCAAACUGAAGGAUCUCAGUAAAGCCUGGUACUCUGGGAAUCAGCUGGCUCAGCCACUGGAUUCAGUCAAUGGGUAUUUUGGAAGCUCUGUGGCUUUCUACUUCAGCUUCCUUGAUUUCUACACCUGGUCUCUGCUCCCACCAGCGAUACUGGGCCUGUCCAUCACAUACUUUUCAGGCGAGGUUCAGAAGGACAUGGAGUCGGUCUCUGGCUCAGGAGUCACAAGGGUUGAAGAUGAAUCAGCAGUUGUCAGCGGCCACAUGAUCCAGGCAGUGUUCAGCAUUCUCUGGUCCACGAUUUUUAUGGAGCUGUGGAAGCGUCGGAGCGCCUCGCUGUCCUACCGCUGGGGGACCCUGAACCUCGCAGAGCGCUUCGCAGAGCCCCGGCCCGGUUUCCAUGGCGAGGUCGGGGUCAACCCUGUGACAGGUCGUGUGGAGCCACUCUUUCCUGAAUGGCAGAGAGACCUGCGUAUGGCACUGGUGUCAGUCCCUGUGGUGGGGCUGUGCUUAGGGUUGGUGGCACUUGGUAUGCUUUGUUUCUACUGGGGGGAGGCCCAGGUGCAACAGCUACACAAAGACUGGGACUCCCUAUUGUCUCAGACUUUGCUCUACUUGCCAUCAAUGCUUCACAUUGUCUAUACAAACAUGUUGGCGACUGCUUACAGGAAGGUGGCACAGUCUCUGACUGAAUAUGAGAACCACAGAGAGGAGUCUGCCUUCGAGAACCAUCUGACAGCCAAAGUCUUAGUGUUCACCUUCUUCAACUACUUUGCAGUGCUCUUCCACAUCGCCUUCUUCAAGCAGGAUGUGCCUUUGCUUCGAAAGCGUCUAGCAUCAUUGCUGAUAGUGACACAGCUGGUCAACCAGUUCACAGAGGUGGUCAUACCCUACCUGGUGGAUCGGUUCAUCAGUGCCCCCUAUAGGACAGAGAGUGAGGACGAUCCAGAGGAGGACAAAUUUAGGAACCAGAGCAACCUACCUGCUUUCCCUGGCCUGUUUGCAGAGUACAUCGAGCUCCUGGUGCAGUUUGGGUAUUUGAGUCUUUUCUCCUGCGUGUAUCCUCUGACGGCUUUGCUGCUGCUCAUCAAUAAUGUAACAGAGAUCCGAACGGACGCCUACAAGAUCUGCAAACUCUUCCGCAAGCCCUUCUCCCCCCCUGUGGCUAACAUGGGCGUGUGGCAGAUCGCAUUCGAGGUCCUGAGUUUUGCCUCUGUUGUGACCAACUGCUGGCUAAUGCUGCUCUCACCACAGUUACAAGAGCUGUUUCAGGAGGGCAGGAUGAGCAGCACAAACAUCCUGCUGUUGGCUGUUUUAGUGGAGCAUGUGCUGAUCUUGGUUAAGGUAGUUUUGGCAUUACUGAUCCCUGAUGAGCCGAACUGGAUCCGAAAAAAGAGAGAGCGUAUUGAGUAUGCAUCCAUGCAGGCCUUGAGACAGCAGAGGCAGCAUUCUGAAGAGUCCUGAUGCGUUAAGGGUGAUGUUUUAUGUUGCCCUGUGCUGAGCUGCUACAACCACAAGAUACAUUAUCAACCUCACGGCCGGGCCACACUACCUGAACCUCUUGCUUUGCAUUUCGGUGUCCAUGUUAACAGGUUAGAGCAGCCACACAGCAAUUGAGUGGUGGAACAUAUAAAUUUCAAUGUGUGUUUCAUUUAAGUGUAACGUUAACACGUUAGGAAGAUCGCCUGUGCACACCUACACUUGAUGGCAUAAGCACAUAUAUGCCACACCAAUACUACAACUGACAUAACAAAAUUAACUUAGUCUUGUGUAGGAGCAGGUGUAUGAAGGAGACGUCUGGUUACCAACAGGGUGCAAACUACAGUGGAGUCAGGAAAAGCAAGCUCCCCUAAAAACAUGAUUAUGAAAUUUUGGGGGGGUCUCUGAAAUAUUGACAAAAUGCGAUUUUUACCAUUCAUUUCCAUUUUUCUGUAUCUUCAUCAUCACUGAUCAUGCGUAAAAUUAGGCUAUCGAUUUAUGAUUCAUGCAUGAGAGUGAUUUAUCAGUAAUUCACUCAAAUGAAGAUGCUGGCAUGCAUGCUAUUCUGUCAUCACCACUGAAGCGUGGUGUUGCAGUAUCAUAAACGCUGUCACCCACUUUAACUCAAACAUCAGAAAUAAAUAAACUUUCUUAGUCCCACUCAGUCUGCGCUCCAAAUCGCCAUGAUUUGUUUAAGAUAAUGCACCAGGUGAAAUGCUGGAAAAGCAUUACCCUUAGGCAAGCGCCUGUCCAACAAUGUACCACCCCCCACCCCCAGCAAUGCCACAUGUGCCUAUACAUGUAACUAAAAAUUUUUGAAUUUAGAAGUGUUAGCUGUAGUGUCAGGCCUUGCUCGAUAGUGCAGCACACUUGACCAUUUUAGCUUCGAUCAACACCUGCUCCUACACCUAACUAGGUUAAUUGGGUAAGUGGAGUACAAGGCAGGCAGGAUUAGGUUAAGUUAGGAUUUGAGGUACUGGUGCACACGAGUAUUGUUAUGUUACACCUCUCAUAUCGCACACGGCCGCAGCUACUCUUCAUUUAGUAUCAGAGUCUUCCCAGUUGUUUCCACCUUCUGUAUCCGUUUCAGAUUUAAAGCCCUCUAGUGUUUCUGUGGACAGAAUCCAUUCACUUGUUAACAAGGCUUUCAUUGUAUUGUAUUUAUGAAAGGCAAACUCUAUGUAGAAACAUAAGGCAGUAUCAGCACCGCAGCAGCAAUGCUGUCUGUGUGGACGCCACACGUGCGUGAGCCGCAGCAGCUCAGCAAGGUAACAGUCAUGCACAGGUAAUGGUAGGCAGUGUGGCCCAAGCGUUAGUGUUGUGUGGGAUCUCUAGCAGGGUCCACAAUGCAUACUGCUGUGCCCCUAAUACUCCCCCUUUAUACUUUUGAAGCGUUCUGCUGCUUUUACUAAUAAGCAUGGUGCUUCUGCAAUGCAAGGGUAUCCCCCAUAAAAUUUUAAGCCUUUAACACUUCAUUUUCUGUAUGCUGGUGACAAUUCAAAAUAUAGAAAUGUAAUGGAAUAUCCUUUUGGUUUAUGUUAUUCUCUCACUUAUUGUAUACCAAAUACAUUAACUAGACACUGACAGACAACAGUGGUUAUAUUGGAUUUUUUUGAUCGAAAUUAUUGCUAGGAACAGUUCACUAGUUGCUGGAAAUUGGUAGAAUCAUGUCCAUCCCUACCUAAUUCUACACCCUUUCUGAAAUGUGCACCAUUUGAAAUGCACAGAUUACAUAUAACAUGUACACUGCAAGUGCAAAACUAAAAUGUGUUUUUCCCCAAUAUUACACAGCGAAUGGAAUGUAAUGGUUAUGUGCACAGAUACCCUUUUAAAAGGUUAUGUUAUGAUACACAGUGUUGAUUCAAAUGUAAUGAGGGGAACUCUUGUAAAAUCACUACAGCUACAGUGUGUACAGUCAGUACUUAGUAAGGGACAGACAGGACAGAUUAUUUGACGUUACUGGCCGAGGCAGAAAUGUAUGACAGAAUCUAGCCUUAUCUAGCACAGCUUUAUUUUCAGAAAAUCAUCCAUUUGUCUAUGGCUCAAUCAAAUUGAGAAAAACAGAUAGAUUGUAAUCCUGUACUUAAAUUUGCACUUAGUAGUUUCAAUGCUCAGCUUACAGUGAAAAGAGUGACACAUUAUAGAGGCAUGUGAAGAAUUUUACAGUGGACUAUUAACUGUUCUACAAUAAUGGAUUUAUCAUCUGUGUGUGUACUAAAUUCACUUUCUUAUUUGAAUUAAUUAGUUGAGUCAUUUGUAGAAAAUGGUGCACUUAUACUUUCCCUUGAUGACCCUGUCCUCUCCUUAAAUAAUCACUUUAUGGUUAUAAGACCAUAUGACACCUGUAACACGAGAUGAGUACAGUAAACUAUGUGCCAAGAUUUGUUUUGCAAUGAAAGUUUUGGGGAGCUACCAAAGAACUGCUGUGUGCUUUGCUAUUAGAAAUGUAUUAUUUUUAUAUGUGUGGGUUUCAUUCUCUACUCACUUGUGAGUUUGUUGUGUGCCUCUAAGAAUGAUUGCUUGAGUUUACCUGGCUGCAACAGCUAAUUCACCUUAUAGGUACUGAUACGUCAUACAUUUAUACGAGUGUUAUAUUUCACUGUUCACUCUUCACUGCUGGCAGAUUUGACUUAAUUUAAUAAAUGUGCAGAUGAAUCCACUGGGGACGUCCACCAUUUCAUCCAUACUUGCUUAACAGUGUAUUGUUUACUACUGUAUAUGUAAUUGUUAUGAAGAGUUAGAAUUUUUUACAGCCACCAGAAGGCACUAUAUGCUGUCCAUUUUAUUCCAUGUGCAGCAAGCCCUGGUGGCUGCAGAAGGACUGAUUCAAUAAAGAUGCAGAUGGAUGGUGAGGCUUCCUCAAGUUACUGCAUCUGUAGGUGUGCACACUUACAUCGUAAGACACAACCUGUGUGUGUGUGCUCUGUUCUGAAGCGCUGUGAUGAGUUAGUAAAGAUAAACUUCACGUCAGAAACACAGGUGACGAUGUUUGCUGGCUGUCCUGCAAUAAAGUCACAGAAAGAAACUGA